AUGAUGCCAACAACUUCUGGUGAAAACGGCAGGAGGCCGGUGCAGGCAACGAUGGUAAGGAACGGUGGAAGCAACUGCAGUGGCGCACCCGCCUGGGAGGGAUUGCUGGGGCGCGGCUCCCCAAGGAUGGAUGCUCCCAACGCGGCAGCAGCAGCAGCAGCAGCAUCAUCCACUCCUAUACGGAGUACGCCAGCAGCAAUGCCGCAGAUGCGAUCUCCCAGUGUGACUACGCACCAGCCAUACCGCAGUGUGCCACUCUCCAUGUUCGAUGUGGAGUCAGAGCUAGAGGGGUAUGCGGGGAUCAACACAGAGAACCUUGUCACGGUCAAACCUUCUUAUAAGACAGGCAUCCAACGAACGUCCGGUCCAAAUGCGACGGGAGUCUCAGCGUUGCUGACGCGCCGUUCCUCCCAGCGUUCGCCCAUUGCCGCCCUCGACAGCGGGGAGGCACAUGUGGGGCACAUUGGUGGUCUUUGCAGUGGCGGUGUGGCGGCUUCAGCAGCACCCACACAGGGUGCAGUGAACAGCAGUAGUAUGCCAUUUGCUGGUCCUCCAGCGGCCCGCAUCGUUCCUGGGCGUGCGGGGCUAGACAGUAAGCGAAUGGUGAGCAUUGAUCAAGCGGAGUACUACGGCAGUGAUGAUGGGCACUUUACUUGCGACACGUACCGAUGUCCGGUUGCCCUACGCCUUGUUGAGACGGAGGAGAAGCAUCUGUACUACAGCGGCGUGGAGCUUCCCCAGUUGGAACUUAAUUUGGGCGAUACCCAGGAGCGUUCGCGACGUCUGCAUCAGCGACGGCGUCAGGUACAGUACGGCAAGGAGACAGUCGGUUAUACCAACUAUCUUCGCGCUGUGCCACAUCGCGGUGACCGGGAGUUCCGCAAUCCAAUGCAUCCCAUGACACCGCGUCCUGAAUUCAACUGUAGCAAGCGAACAUUCGACAGAUUCCUCAAUCUGUGGCGGCGCCAACUACAUCUCUGGGACAAAUACAACCCUGAUGACCUUGAACCGCAGUACACGCGGAUAGGGAUUCCCACUUUGCGACGUCUAGGUUUGGAGUUACCUUCAAACACACCCGAUCGUCACCCGAGCGGGGGGCUUUCAUUCACGCCAAUAGCCACACAAAGCAUCACCUCGGCAUGCACACCCGUAGUGCCCCGCCCCGCAAGGCGAGAGCCAUCCGCAUCUGCUGCACCGUACCAGCGACUGUUGGGACAGCAGCCAAACGGCGUCGGUGGGGUAGGUACGGCUUCCAACGCUAUUGGCGUUCCACCCUUUCCCCGCCCGUCAAGCGGCUUUGGGGGUGGAAGUUGGUCCACUACCAAUACACCACAUACGCCGUAUCACGGAAGUACGCACUCGAACGGCAGUUACCAGCCACCUUUGCUCUCAGUCCUGGCGCAGCCGAUGAUAUUCUCUCCGCACUGGGCUGAAUCAUCCCGCCAGAGCUCUCCGAAUCCUCAUGGUGGUCAGCGCGGUAGCGGUUACGCCCUCAACUCUGUAGGAGGAACAGCAACAGCACCACUCCCGCCACAACAACUACCGGGUGGCGGUGUACCACCAGGCAGGCCGGCCUCCGGCAACGCCGGGUACAUGGAAUCUGGCGGUGGCUACUACAGCAAUUACAACGGUUUCAACAAUAAUNACAACAACUACCGGGUGGCGGUGUACCACCAGGCAGGCCGGCCUCCGGCAACGCCGGGUACAUGGAAUCUGGCGGUGGCUACUACAGCAAUUACAACGGUUUCAACAAUAAUGUGGGUUAUGCCUACCACAGCCAAACCUCUCCGUACCACGGUCCCCGUUACACGCCGCAAACGACGCCAAACUCAUACUACCGCUACCACAGCGGCGGUGGUAUGGGUGGUGGUGCACCGGGUGGAAGUGGCGGCAACGCGACAGCCUCGUCGCCCUUGUGCGUCGGCCAGGAAGCAUGGGGAAAUCCGCCGAGACAACCGUACCAAUGAGAUGGGAAUGGUUCGGGCUGCGUGUUAUUAA